AUGGGAGACCCAGUAAUCUUCCAGAUCGAGCGCAUUUACUACCCUGUCCUUGCGGCCAUUGGAGUUAUCGUUAACCUCGUGGCGAUUGUGAUUCUCCGACGAGGGAAGUGCGGUCUCUCCAAAUGCAUCACCAGCUACCUGGUGGCAAUGUCGGUUGCUGAUCUCUUGCUCGUCGUCUUUAAUGUGAUAUUGAAUCGAAUUAAUAACAUCUACUUCCCAGUUAAUUUCCUUCUGAUUACUCCCGUCUGUGCAGCUAGGGCUGUUUUGUUUUUUGGAGUUCUGGACUCCUCUGUCUGGUUCACAGUCGCGUUCACCUUUGACCGAUAUGUUGCCAUUUGUUGUGUGAAGCUCAAACCGAGAUAUUGCACCGAGAAAACGGCGGCUGUGGUUUUGAGCGUAGUGGGCGCCUGUGGUUUCCUGCGAUCUGUUCCGAGGUACUUUGAGUUUAUGCCUUCUGUUGUUAUUGACAAUGUACCAUGGUUUUGCAUCCAAACUCCCGCCUAUUACACGUCACUCUUUUGGACUGCUUACGAGUGGGUUGACAGUCUUCUAACGCCGCUGAUUCCGAUCGCACUGAUCCUGGUCUUUAACGCUCUGACUGUCAGGAACAUUGUUAAAGCCAAUCGCCUCCGCAGGGGUCUCCGCGCCGACAGCAAGGGAGAGAACCGCGCUGACCCUGAGGCGGAGAACAGAAGGAAAUCCAUCGCCUUACUCUUUGGGUUGUCUGCCAAUUUUAUACUGAUGUGGGCCACCUAUGUUGUACAUUCUUUAAACUGGAUGGUUGUAAACUAUAAUUAUACAGACAGAAGUAUUAGUAAUCCAAUAUAUAUAGCCCAACAGUCUGGAUUCAUGUUGAGACUUCUCAGCUCAUGUACCAACACGUGUAUUUAUGCUUUAACACAGAGUAAAUUCAGAGAGGAGCUAAAAAAUGGGGUCGCAUAUCCGUUCACUCAAGUUGUUAAGUUGUUUAAGCAAUAG